AUGCAAAUUAGUCUAUGACAAUAUCAGAGCUUCCAUUGGUUAAAGUUUCCGUUAAAAGAUUUGGCAACACGGUAUUUUCCUAUCUGGCAACCACAGCAUAGCGUUGCAGGGGGCGGGGCCGUGUUGAUGUCUUGCAGCUGAAAUCGACGUGGAUUUAAAAAAAUAAAAAAAAUAUAUAUAUAUUUUAAAAUGAAAUAAAACCAAAGACCUGUUAAAACUCACGUAUAUCUGUUUACUGUAAAGAGGAGCAUUUUCAAGGUCUUAUCCGCAGACCACACGGCUCCGCUUGUAAAGGCACCAUGGGAAACACAAGCAGCGAGAGGUCAGGAGUGGGGCAGGGUGAGAAAGCCAACCGCAGGGACAGCCGUGGCGCUAAAGAGGGGGACCGACCUAAAAUCCUCAUGGACAGCCCUGAGGACGCAGACAUUUUCCACGGAGAGGAUAUUAAGGCACCUUUAGAGAAAGAGGAGUUUUUAGCCUGGAGGCAGGACCUCGAGUCCAGUGAUAAGGCACUCUUGGCACGACCCACGGUGUUUCGUUGGACAGGUGCCGGAAAAGAAGUCUAUCUCUCUGGAUCCUUCGACAACUGGGCAAAUAAAAUUCCUCUGACCAGGAGUCAGAACAAUUUUGUCGCGAUCGUGGACUUGCCUGAAGGUGAACAUCAGUACAAGUUCUACGUGGACGGACAGUGGACCCACGACCCAUCUGAGCCCCUAGUGACCAAUCAGCUGGGGACGAUCAACAACAUCAUCCAGGUGAAGAAAACCGAUUUUGAGGUGUUCGAUGCUCUCAUGGUGGACUCGCAGAAAUGCUCGGAUAUGUCAGAUCUCUCAAGCUCUCCUCCUGGGCCAUACCAUCAGGACGCUUACGUACCCAAACAGGACGAGAAGUUCAAGUCUCCACCCAUCCUCCCUCCUCACCUGCUGCAGGUCAUCCUCAACAAGGACACGGGCAUCUCAUGUGACCCUGCAUUACUCCCUGAGCCCAAUCAUGUGAUGUUGAACCACCUCUACGCGCUGUCCAUUAAGGAUGGAGUAAUGGUUCUUAGCGGCACACAUCGCUAUAAGAAGAAGUAUGUCACCACCCUGCUGUAUAAACCCAUCUGACACCAGUGACAACUCUUUCUGCUCGUGAACUCUACCAUAUCUGCCAAGUUUCUAUCCACUCCACUACUGAGAACUAAUGUCUAGUGUAGGUGUACUCUCCUGCCUUUUUUUUUUUUUUUUUUUUUUAAAUAUUAUUUAUUUAUUUUAUUAAUAUGUGGCACUGGUUGCCAAGAGCUAACUGCUUAGAUGCUGUCAAUGGAAUGCAUAAAUUAAAAACAUCCAGCUUGGUAUGAAAAGAACAAUAACAGACAGAUGGGAUGGUAGAGACCAAAAAUGUAUGUAGAUAUUUCAAGUAACAUAAGUAAGGAUUAAACACUUGGAUGCGUGCUGUGCGAUGCGAGUUGCUAUUAGCACCCUGAAGUUGAUUAUUUUCCAAUAACGGGACUUCUUGGAGUGUUCUAUUCCCCUUAUAUCAUAGCGAUUACAAUUUUUAAUUUAUUAAUAAAUGACACAUGCGUUUGCAUGGUGGAUUAGUGGUUAGCAUGUUCGCCUCACACCUCCAGGGCCGGGGGUUCGAUUCCCAACGUGUGUGUGUGUGUGUGUGUGUGUGUGUGUGUGUGUGUGUGUGUGUGUAGUUUGCAUGUUCUCCCUGUGCUGCGGUGGUUUCCUCCGGGUACUCCGGUUUCCUCCCCCAGUCCAAAGACAUGCAUGGUAGGCUGAUUGGCACGUCUAAAGUGUCUGUAGUGCCCUGUGAUGGAUUUAAACCCUGUCCAGGGUGUAUCACGCCUUGUGCCCGAUGCUCCCUGGGAUAGGCUCCAGGUUCCCCGUGACCCUGAAAAGGGUAAGCGGUAUAGAAGAUGGAUGGAUGGACACAUCAUGCUUUUUAUCCAUUUAUAGUUACAUUUAACGUUGUGGAACGUUAAAAAAAAAAAACACAACGCUUGAAGUCCUCAAUCCUGAAAAAGUCACAACAUAACCUCUGACUGUUACAAAGUGCUGACACUGGGUACUCUUUUCAUAAAUGGUACAGUUACAGAAAUCUUUACCAUAUCACUUUCCAUUUUUAUUUAAUUAUGUGUAGCAUCCAACGUACAAGUGUGUAUGAGAACAAGCAUGUUAAUAUAAACCUGUGAUUUGCAGUCAGAGCUGCUUUUAUAGAUAAUUCAUCAACUUCGGACUAAUCCAGACUUCAACAGCGCUGUGGUGUAAUGUCAAAUAUCAGUAUGAGAUAAAGGCAACUGAAUCAGUGCUCAAGGUUGGGAUAUAUUUGUUGAGAAUGUUUGUAAAAUGGGGGGGAGGGGUAAAAAGUUUCAAAUGUGAGACUUGUUGCAUUUUUUUAAAAAAAAAAACGUUAUCUAGAAGAGUAUAUUACUUAAAUCACUGAAUACAGGUUGUGUGUGCCAAAAAAAAUGGACCAACUUGUAGCUAUAUAACUUGUACAUUUUAAUUUUAUCAUUCACAUAUUAAAAGCAUUUUGUAGUUUAUAUUGUUAGGGAAAUACAUGCAUAAUACCUUUUUGUUCUUUCUCUUCCUGAUACGAGGCAUGAUUUAUUUUGUAUUUUUAUAUGUUUCUCUUGGAAUACCUGACUAAUUUUCUGCAAUAGAAUAUCCUCAAUUGAUUAUUUUGUGCAGCAUGGUUGUGGGAAAUUUAAUGAAUACUCUCAACAGAGAGAAUUGAAACCAUUUGUCAAUAAACCUUCUUUUUUUUUUUUAA